UAGAAGAGCAAAAUGCCCAUCAACAACUAGAAAGUGAUGACAGCGAUUCAACUAGUGUACAGUCCCAAUUAUCAGAAGCUACUAAAUAUGCUGGACUGGUUUACUAUGAGGAGAAAGGUGUAGAGGAUCUUGUGACUUUCACUGCAUCUAAAGAUUUGAAUGCUCUUGUUCAGUAUAUUGAGCAGAGACACUCUCAAGCAGAAAUGGGACAAAAUGUAUACUUUAGCUUUCAUCCUUCAAGAGAUUACCUUGAGUUGAAACUUGAUCAUACUCCACAGAAGUAUCCUUUUGAUGGUUGGACUAUACAAUCACACUUUGAACCAUGUGAAUUGCAUCGAUGUGAUAUUGAUAAAUUUGGUGAUGCUAGUGAUCCAAUUCCUCCAUGUUGCUUGAUAUCAGUUAAUAAAUCACCUCGUGCUGUUCCUACACUACACUACUCCAUACCACUGGAAGGUGUGGUUCGUCCUGUUACACUAUAUAUUCAUAGAUCACUGAGAACUACAAAUCCUAGAACCUCCUCCUCCUCCUCUAAUACAAUUAAUGAAGUUACUGCAGCAUCAUCCAAUGGAGGAGCUAGUGUACCAGCUAUUGUUGAUGUUGAUGUUGAUAAGUUAAAGAAGGUGAUUAACAGUGUACUUGUGUCUCAGUUUGCUGCCUUUGCUUCUCUGCCUAAAGAAGCAAUUCCUGAUCUUGCUAAUCAGCUUUAUUCUGUUCAUCUUAUUAACAGUGCAGUCAGAGACAAUCCUUCAGUUGAAAAGUUUAUUGGUGAAUUCAAGGCCAGUCUUAAUUUUAUGACUGAAAUGUCAGAAGUACAGGAACAUUGUUUAAAGUUUUUAAAUUCAUUCCUUGCUGUAAGUGGUAGUUUUACUAGUGCAGCAAAGUUUUUGUAUCAGAAAUGGAUUAUAGCCAUUAAAACUGAAUUAGGCAUUGAUUUUAUUAUUGAUAUUAACUUUAAUUAGUAAUUUUGUAUUUAAUAAUUUUACUUUAAUG